AUGCGCCGUGUGUUGGACUUAACUCAACUUGUGCUGGAUCCUCUGACUCAGCUGACCGAAAUCAAAUUCAACGAUGUGCAGGAAAAGCAGUUGCAGUGUGUGCAGUACCUUAUUCACUGUUACGGUGAUGAAAUCAGCGAGAGUUGGCUUCGGUUAAUCAAUAUUAUUGGUUCAAUCAGUCAAUCUCAGAGUGACCACCAUAUUCGCUCGGCUUUCCAGUGCUUCCAACUCGUUGUGACGGACUACCUGUCCACUCUGUGCCCAGACUGCUACCCGGCGUGCGUGAAUACGGCGGCCAAAUUCGGCCACCAGAUGCACGACCUGAACAUCGCGCUGGCUGCGAUCGGAUCCCUGCUCCAUCUGACUGAUUUCCUGUUUCAAAGGGAACGUUCCACUGAGGAGGAGAAGAAAAUAAUCGAGCCUCUCUGGGUGGAGGUCUUUUGUCACCUCUCCGCUCUGGUGCGUGAUCGACGACCGGCAGUACGCAAAUCCGCCGGACAGACGCUCUUCAACGCAAUCGAAUGCCACAGUGGACAAUUCGUCCAGACCACGUGGGCUGAACUGCUUUGGACGGUUUUCUUCCCCCUGCUUGCCGACGUGCAGGACCACUGCGCAAAUGCUCCGGUGGAACGUGGAAGCAAAACCGGGAACCUCCUGGUUCACCACAGUCGCGACACAGCCGCGAAGCAGUGGGCGGAGACCGUGGUCCUGACGCUCACCGGAGUGGCUCGAUGCUUUGUCUCAAAGCAGCCCCAAUUGGUCACCCUGAAUCGGUUUUCAGAGGCAUGGGAAAAAUUGCUGUCAAACGCCGAAAGAGCUGUUCUCACCCCGAAUUCAGAGAUCGCUCAGAAUGCCCUUUCGACACUGAAGAUAUUGCUCGACUUUGACACAUCUCAGUGCGAGAACGCCAUGGCCACGACGACCUGGCUGGCCUUUUGGCGAACGUGGACCUCCAUCGGUAGGCGAUUCGUCGAUUUCAUUGUCUCCAACUCCUCUCAAGGCGAGCGGAAGAUAAGCGAGACCACACAGGCACCGGUUGUGGGACUGCGAAAACCCGCAGUGUACAGCUUCGAUGCCAACUUCUUUGCUCUCUUCUUCGACCUCUUUCCCGCACUCUUCCCAAGGAUUCAGCAGAACUUCAACGGUGCAUUCUUUGCUGAAUUCAGUGACAUCAUAAGUCAGGGUGUGUUGGGCCCCCUUUUUUCAACCGAGGCAAGUCCCAUUGUGGGGGUGGGCGGUUCGGCGUUGUCGGCUCCCUCCUUUAUGUCACCCUUUGCUGCGACGAGCAUCGAUGAACAGGGCCUCACACCGACUCAACGCGCCGUUUUCAAGUGUCUUUCAGUGGUUGCUGAGGUGAUUCAGUCAAAGGAUGUCAGUGUACAACACCUCCUUGUCCCCUUUCUCGAACUCCUCCUUCACUUGUCCUUGUACGCCGUUCGAAUUCCCAAGCCCGGAUCGAGCACUGACCAGAUCACCGCUGUACCCUUGAAUUACAUUAUCUUUGCGGAGAAAUGCCUGGAGUUGGCCACCACACUGUAUUUGGAUUUCGUAAGCUCUGAUCUCCUUCUCAACGCCGACGGACUGUUAAAAAUGAUUGAGGCCCUGCAUGUUCCGCUAGCGGCUAAGUACAGGUGCCAGUGUCAGUCGACGUGGCUGCUCGCCAGCAAGUGCUUCUUCGAGGUCAUCACUGCUGGUGUGCCCAUCGCCACGAAGCAGAAGUCGCCGUCUGCGAAGACUCCAAAAGGUGAUCUGUGGGAUAACAUCUAUGCAACGAUCCGCGAUUUUCUUUUUUGCCAAAAUCAACCGACGGAACCGCUUUCCGGUGAUGAAUUUCAACAGCACGAAGCCCUGGACUGCAAAUUCAUUCGCCUAAUCUGCGAUCGGUUUCUCUCACGACCUGAUGGUCUCCCCCAAAAGUUCAUCGAACAACUCGUUGGAGUGUUGGGCCUCGGCUCGAUUCAAGCCUCAAUCGGCAACGCAGAUUUGACCCUUCUUGACGUCAAUUCCCUAAAACUCAACUCCAACUUCCCACCGCCUUCUGGUCUGCACCCAUUCGUCCACCGUCCCUCUUUUACGUGCACAGGCGAUGCUGCCAUUGCAACCUCCAACGACCUCGACCUCCAGCCAUUCGUCUCGCGUGAGAACUUUAUGCGUCUGUGUUUCGAGUCCUUGCUCUCAUUUGCGUUCUUCCAGGGCAACGCAGUACCAUCCACUACCUCUGCUUCUCCGUGGUUAUCACUGAAAUCCUCGGCGUCUGCGCCAAAGCCCCACGUGGUUCUCUGCCGAACUGCCAUCCGUGAUGUUCUAGAUAGAUGCAGAUUCAUCCUGCAACGAUUCACCAAGUCAGCUAAGUUGACCGGAAAGUGUCCGUUGCCGCGCGCAAAGCUAUCCGAGGUGAACUUCGCAUUCCAAGCUCUCACUCUUCUCCUGACGAAUUUCACAGCUCCUUUGCCGAAUUCCGCAGUCACUGUCGAUUCAGGUACGUGGAGCUCCGUCAUCGACAUGUACCCCCUGGUGGUGGACUGUGUCUUCGUGGCCGAUUCGUCCCAGUUGUUGACCGCAGUGCAUAAACUGCUGCACCUGUAUGGACGCCUGCUGCAGCCCAAGGUCACGGCCCCGCCAACGCCCCUCAACGCCUCCUCCUAG